AUGACCCAUCGACACAUGGGCGAUCCGAACAUGAGCAAAACGAUGAAACGCCUCGAUUCGCCGGCGAAGAGCAGCGACAAGUCGCUCACGCCGCCGAGCUUGAACCACGCCGCUGGCGAUGCGUUUAGGUUCGAGUUUUUGUUCAUUUUUCAAUUCUGAUUUUCAUAAAAAGGAGGUUUUAUUUCCAAAGGAUUUUUGGUAGGUAGGGAAACGAUUUUCUUGUGAAACCCACGCCAGUUUUUAAAUGCGUAACAUUCUUCAAAAGUAAUGAAACUAAUGAGACAAUUUCUGUUUUUAAGCACGGAUAGCGCUUCUAAAAAUCAAUUGAUUCAGUUUAGUUGGAUUUUUUUAUUUAGGAUAAUUCUUUCUUUUCAUUUUAAAUAGGUCCUUUUUUUCGUUUUAUUACAAUGGUUAUAAUUCUCCCUCAGCUCAAGUAAAUAAGAAUAAUCGAAAAAACUAUCAACAGUACAAAGUUUAUCAUUUUAAUUCUUGCCUUCUAUAUAUUUACAAAAUAAAUUUCGUCUUGUCAUGAAAAUUUCGAAAACUAGCUAUUCCAUUAUUUCACCAAGCUGCUCAUUGAUUAGGAUUUCUUCUAAUAACCUACAUUUUCAGGUCGAACACAUCCAGUCCCCUGUUGGACACUGAGCCAUUUCCGAUGGACGAUCCGAAGAAAUGCCCGUAUUGUCACAAAAACUUCAGAAAGGUUCAGCUUUUUUUAUUGCUUUGUACUUUUAAAUUAAAUUUUUGUUUUAUAUUGAAAAAUUUUCAGCCACGAGUGCUCGAUUGCCUGCACUCGAUGUGCGAAGAUUGCAUCAUCGCGCAACUUGAUGGUCGCCGUGAGCAGAAAAAUGAUCGCCUCCGCGAUCCGACCGAUUGCGAGCUUGAAGCUCCUAAAGGUGAUCUUCAUGUUUUAUUUUAUGCUCACUUUUUUUAACCUUAUAAACUCGAAAAGUGAAUAAAAUUGGUUUCCAGUGACUGAACGUCCCACGCCGCCAGGCGUCAUCCGGUGCCCGAUUUGCGCCCAAGAAUCUCACGUCGGAAACGACGUCCGCUACGUCCAUUCAAUGCUUCUCGAUUACGUACGAUGCGAAUCGGAAAGUCAGGGUCCAACGGAAUCGUUUUGCAGGUGCGACUCGCCGAAUGCGACGAAAUCGUCCAGGGAGACCGACGUUGCCGGGCUUGCAAGAGCGAGCAGCCGGCCGUCGCCUUCUGCAAGCAGUGCCAGUCGGAUCUCUGCUCCAGCUGUCUCUCUGCCCACAGUGUCAUGCGCAUGUUCGACAGUCAUGUCGUCCGUUUUUCUUUCCUUUUUUUUUUGGCACAGAUGUGCCCUUUCCCGAAAAAAGAAGUCUGCGGUCUGUACUGACUCUUUUCUGCAAAAAAAAUGCGCCCUUCCUUCGAAAAAAAAACCUGCGGUCUUCCUAUACUUUUUUUUUGCAAAGUGUUCUUUUCCAAAAAAAAAGUCUGCAAAUGCUACAUCUUUUUUUUCGGCACAGAUGUGCCCUUUUCCUUAGAAAAAAAUCUGCGAGCUUUCUGGCUUUUUUUUUUCCCCGGAAAAAGUGCGAUCUCAACACUACUUUUUUCUGACCUUUUGUGAAGGGGUUUUUUGGAUUUCAUCGAAAUUUUUAAAAAAUUUGUAAGCAAAAUAAAAAAAAAACGUAUUCCUUGCAAUAAUUGACACUAGCUUUAGAAAAAAUCUGAUUAUUUUAUUAAGUGAAAUAGAAAGAUUAAUAGUUAAAAAUGUAGACAGAAGUUUACGAAAUUUUUUUUUCAGGAGAUUUGAUUUUUCAAAUCUCAGAAAAAAGAAAGAAAGGAGAAGAUGGACAAAUGAAUCAUUACCUUGAAACUGUUUUUCCGAAAUUCAAGCGAGUCGUUAAAAUAAUUUAUUUCCUCCAGGUAACCACUUAUGAAGAGCUGGAAAAGAACGGCUUCCAACACGAUGUCCGCCCGGUUCUCUGUCCGAUCCACUCGCAAACUUUCAAGAUGCUCUGCGCCACCUGCGAAACGAUGGCCUGCAAACAGUGCUUGGAAAUGGAGCAUAUCAAUCAUAAGGUACUUGAAUAUUCGAAUUCGAAGUUUGAAAGAAGUAAAUUUGAGGUCAUCGAAGUCACUGAGCCGGUGAUCCUCGCCAUCCAGAAUGAGAUCCGUGGACUGGCCGAUCGUGUUGAUCAGAAGGUUUUUUUUUGCUUUUUAUUGGGAUUAAUUUUAUUCAUAAUUUCGUUCAAAAGUUUCGAUGUUUUUCGUUCUCUUUUCAUCCUUUUUUUGUAAUUUUUCAGUCGUAAUUGGUCUGAAGCUUUAUUUUUAUAUAGUACUACUUUCAAUUAAGUUCUGAAGAUUUUACUUUCUGUGACGGCAGGAAAAAUUAAAUCCAAAAAUUAUUCAUGGAAACGGUGUAAAAAAAUUCAAUUUUUUUCAAACUUUACUUUUUGAAGUUUCUCAAUUUUUUUCAGAUAAUUUUAUCGAUUUUCAUAAACAUUAAUAAAAAAACCAAUACGAAGGCUGAAAAAUCAGCUUUUUUGAGUUUAGAUAGUUUUUGACUUCAAAAAAAGUGGAAAAAUUUGUCAGAGCAUCGAAACCUUAUAAAUAAAAACAAUUUUUUUCUUUGAAUCAAUUGAAAUAUUUCAGUGGCGAAACUCGUUGAGCGAGUGGAGCGUGAUCCCUGACCGAUCGGCGGCCCUUCACGAACAGUACGAAAUAGUCAAGUUGCGCUUGGACUCGACCUUUGACGAGCUCGCAAAGGCCUUGGAAGACGUCAAGACGAGGAAGUUCGCCGAGUUGGAAGAGGCCCGACUCCGCCAGGAGCAGAAUAUCGAGGAACUCUACCGCAAGAUGAACCUCAAUGAGGCUCGCGUCGGGGAUGCCAUCACGUAUGUUUUUUGUUGAUUUUUUUGAGGAAUUUAUGGAUGAUUAUUUGGAGUGGAUAAGGAAAAAAAAAAAUUAAUUUCCUUCUGAGAAGACUACCUUAGAAAAUAUUUUAUCAGGGUCAAAAAAAAGUUCAGGAUGUACAAGCUCAACUUUCAUUAAAAUUCCUCAUUUUUAUAAAAAAUAUAUGUAGAAACCCCAAAUCCUAUUUAACCAACUUAUCAUAGAACUCUCCCAGUAGUAAUAUGAAAAUAUUUUUCAGAUUUUCACAACGUCUCCUCGACCAUUUCAAUGGGAUGGAACUCGUCGCCAGCCGACGCAAAGUCAUCCAGCAACUCAACAACUUGUCCCACACCAUGCCGGCUCUCGGAAUUCAGGUUUCCCACCGAAAUUAUGCUUAUUAUAAUUUUUUUGAAAAUUUUUUUCAGUUUGUUCUGGAGUACCAGCCGAUCAGCCGAAAGCAGAUGGACGCUCAUUUGAACAACUUGGCCGGCAUUAUUCAAGGUAUGAAAAUUAUCUGAGAUUGUGAGAAGUUAGGUGAGAAAAAUGUUUGAAAAUUAGGAAUGAAUUUUUAUUGUAUUUAUGGGUAUACAGUUUGAAGAAGAGACAUGUUUAUCAUUUUUUAGAAUAAGUUUUGUUUGCUAAGCCUUGAAACCUUUUUUUAAUGCAUUGCGGUUGCGCUGCGGUUUGAGACAGAAUUUUGAAGUUUAGUGGAACCUAAGAUUUGAAAUUCUGAAGUGAAAUUUCGUUUUUUGGCCUUUCCUGAGCGUUUUGAAGCCGUCACGAGUUGAACCAUUCCAAAUGCGACCCUUUGAAAAUUUCGAUUAACUCUGAAUUUCGCCUGUUCGAUUAUAAGUUUUGAGAUGUCCCUGUCGCAAUCGAAUUAUCUUUUUAAUAGAACAAUUUUUUUUCAGCCCGCACAGUUGCUCCGCCAGCCAAGGAAAGCGCUACGAAUGGCAGCGAAGUUUCUUCGACGAGAGCCUCUCAGGAUGGCGGAAAUGGUCCUUUUUCUAUCUUCUUCAGUUCAAUAAUAACGAAUUGUUAUUGCAGAUUGGGGCCGUGGAACGCCUACAAUUUCUGGCGGCACUAUUGGCGGUGGAAUCGCUCUGGGAGCGAUCGGAAAUGAACGCAAGAAGAAUGCCAAUUUGAAUGGGUUCGUUUGAAGAUCUAUGUGGGGGAAUAUGUGAAAAAAAAAAAUCGAUUUAUAGCAUAAUUUAUAGAGAAAAAAACAAUAUCGCAAUAACCAUUUUUGAUCUUUUCCAGAAAUUCUGGGGCUCGUACGGCUUCAGCAGGCGGUGAACCGUUCGGCUGGCCUCCGAGCAGCAAUCCCCCGGACCUCCCGCCUCCGUCCCCACCGACCAGCGGACUUCUACCGGCGCCCGGCCCUCCAGGACCCCCGGGAGCGCCGAUCCGAGAGAUGUCCCUCCCCGACCUCACUGCCUCUAACAACAACAUGUCCUUGCCAUUGGUAAUAUCGAAAAAACUUUCAUUUUUUUUUAAUUCGUGUUCUAGGGUGACGAUUAACUCAAACCAUUGGACUUUUUAUGUUGAUUAAGAAGAAAGAUGUUUGAUACACAAUUUUUCCUUUCAGAACCAAGUCUCAGCGGCAUCGAUCCUGCCGAACUACGCCUGGCCCAACACGACGACCGCCGCCGCGGCCUCCCUGGCCAACGUCGCCGACAUCCGUUCGUUGGCCGCCCAGUUCGCCGGCGCCAACUCGCAGAAUCUGCCGACGGCGCAGCAGCAACUCGCAGCUGCUCAACAGCUGAAACUCGCCCAGGCGCUUCUCUUCCCCAACUCGGGAAGCAACAAUAUUUUGGGGGCUAAUCAGGCCUUGUUGAUGGUGGGUUUGGCGGCAGAAUCAUGUCUUUUAAAAAUAGUACAACGAAAUAUUUUUGAAGAGAAACAAUUUUUUAGAAGCAUAAGUUUCAAAAAACUCACACAAGAGGUCAUUAAUUUUUUUCACGUUAAAAAAAUCCUCAAAGAGGCAGUCAGAUUGUGUUAGAACCCCACGUUGAAAAAAAUACAUUUAGCAUAAGUAUUACUUACUUGUUAAGUAAUGGCUAUCAGGAAUCUUCCCCUAGACCUUCGGAAAAACUAGAAUUCAUAAAAGUUUCGCGAAAUUCCUCCCUAAUUUUUCCCUGUCGAGCAAAAAUAAUUUCCAGCAAGCCCAAGCGCAAGCUCGAGGCCUCCGUGGCGUGGAUCCGCUUCUGAUGGCUGGCCUGGGCAAUCUGAACCUCGGAGCGGCGGCCGCCGUCGCUGCUGCCGCCAACCCCUCCAACAACUCGAACAACGACUCGAUUCUCGGCGUCGGCGGAACUCCGAUGUCGCAGAGAGUCUCCGACUUGAGAGUUCACAGGUUUUCUCAGAAGCCUGCAAGAGUUACAACGAACAAAAUCCCUAUUAUUCAGUGUGUUCGGAACGAGUCAGCAAGGCAGUUCGAUCCGCGAGUUGCACUGUCCCUCGGGCUUCUGUCUCUCCGAAACGGACGAUAUUCUGAUCGCUGACACGAAUAAUCACAGAGUCGUCGUCUGCGGACCUCCGCAUCCCUGGAAGAUUGGACGACCGGGAACGGUAACUUUUUAGGAUUUUAUGAAAAAUUUUGAAACGAAGGAAUCACACAAUGUAAAGUAUCUUGGUUAAACUCGUAGAAUUAUAUUUUUUUAAAGCGAAACUUCUCUAUGAAUAUAGUCUGACCAAUAUUUGGGGUAACUUUCGAGAAAGAAAUACUCAUAUUUUGCCCUCGAAUGAAAAAUGGCUAGAAUUUCACUUUUUACUGAGUGAGACUGAAGCGACAAGUAAUAAAAAAAAUAAAAACUUUUUUUGAAGAUCGCUUGCAACUGAAAAGAGAUUAGUUUGAAUAUCCAAUAAUUUCUGUUCUUAGUUUUAAGCUUUUCCAAACAAAAAAUUAUUUCAACUUUUUUCACUGAUGGUGAAAAAAUUGUCUACUCCUCAUCUGAUUUUUUUAUUGAAUCAAUGGGAUUUUUUUUGUCAAUUUACGCUUAGCUAUGAUUGGAAUUUUUUUUCGAACAUCAGUGAAAAAAUUCUUAUGAAUGAAUUGAAAUUAUAUAGAGCCAAAAUAAGUCUGAGAAUCUGGAGCAAUCUAUAACUCAAAAUGCAAAUUCACUUGCUUUUUCCUCUCAGGACGAUGGCCAACUGUGUUUCCCCGGAAGGUGGUCUCGCUGCGCGGCGACUCGCCCCGCUACGUCGUCCUGGACAAGGGCGUCGACGGCAAGACCCGCGCCCAGAUUUUCGACGUCCGCGGCGAGUUCCUCAAACGGAUCAACAUGAGUGAGUUGCCACGAGCGUCGAGCGGCCAACGACGUGCUCUUGUCGCAGCAGGUGUAGUGACGAUGUUGCCGCGCGGCGGGAUCGAGGUCUCCGCCGCCACCGCCGCCCCCAACGGACAGCUCCUCCUCGUCGACACCAGCGGACUCGUCUACUGCAUCGGUCAGUUUCACGGCAAAUAUAAGUAAAUGGAGUUGAUGAAGAAGUAAUCAUUCAGUUCGCAUAUCAGCAAAGAAACCUUUCGAAAAUUUGUGCCUUUUUUGACCCGAAAUUUCAAAAUCCAAACCCUGAGAUAGCUUCCUCGGUUAAGAAUCACCAUUGAGAGCUGCUCAAAAAUAGCAAAUAUUGAAGAAUCUCGUCCAAUCUUCAUAUAAAACUUCAGAGGGUUUUUGAGCAAAAUUUUGAAAAUUCAAAACUUUUUUCUAAAUGCUUCAAAAUCUUCAUUCUCAUUAGAAUAAUUUCUAGAAGUUGACACUCCUCGUGUAACUUACUGCUUCGACGCCUCGCAGCAGCUCGGCGAAGCCAGCGACGUCGCCAUGAACGACAAGUACAUCUACAUCACCGACUUCAAGCAUCACUGCGUUCAAGUCUUCAGCACUGAUGGUAAUGAAGUAGAUUCUUGGUCGAAUAAACGAUAAAAAGGCUCUUAAAAGUCCUUUAAUUGAUUAUAUAAGUUUCUUCAAGUCAGAAUCCAGAAAAGAGCUUAGUUUUGAAGGCUGAUUAGAUUCUCAGCUUCCUUCAUUUCUAAUCUUUGAAAAUUUCCAGGAACGUUUGUGAGAAAAGAUGGGCGAGCCCUCGCAGACGCCUUACCCCAUCGGAAUCGACGUCUCGAAGAGCGGCGAGAUUCUCGUCGCCGACACCCACGGCAACCAUCUGCACGUCGUCGUCUUCAGUCCCGAAGGCGUCCAUCAGCAAUCUUUCACCCACAAUGAGUUCCGAGUGCGUUAUAGGAUGAUUUCGUGGAAUAUGCAGUUUUUGAGAGUAGUUUAGAGGAUCCUUCGAUUAAUCUCCAAUCUUCAUAGUUAUCUAUUAGGAAAAAGUCAAGAAAACUGACAAAAAGUAUAUUUCCAAGAAAGCUAGUUUUGUGCGGUUUUAUAGUAGGAUAUUUCAAAAAUUAAAAUAAAUUCCAGUCCGAAAAAACUUGAAAAUGUUAAACAGGUUAUCGCUUCUGUGUAUUUAAAAAAAGAAAAAUUUUCUCUUCAUCACUAAAUUUUAUUCAUGUAGCAUUAAGAAAACAUAGUAUUCUAUAGAGUUGAAAAAAGAAAUGAACUAUCCCUGUUUCAGCUCUCCCGUUGCGUCGGCCUCCGGAUCGCCAAGAGCGGCCACAUCGUCACGCUGUGCAAGCAUAAUCACACUCUUUUCGUCUUCAAACCCUUGUUUUUGCGUUGA